AUGAAAGAAGGCGUCUGUAUAUGUGCACAGCACCAAAGACACUUGUUCGCCAAUGAAACCACGAAGACAGUUGUCGGUUACGAAGAGAUACAUGGGAGACUGCCAAUCGCAUUGCGAUGGGAUAUUGAAUAUGUGUCAUCCCGACAGAGCUGGACAUGUACCCCAUUUGAGACCCAUAAGACCGUAUCCUAUCCUCUCACAAUUGCUGGCGCACCUGUUGUCUUGCCAGUCGAGCAUCGUUGGCCCCCGACUGGGGGUGUGAAUCCACCACCAGAUCCUAGAUCGAGGAGACCGAUCGAUUGUCGAGCUUCUUUGGAUUUCGAUACUAUUGGAGAUUUACAGGAAGUCUUUGAAGGCAGCGUCGGCUUCUACCUCUUAAUCAAUGGCCUGCUCCAGGUCAUUGUGCCCUCGGGCUUCGACACGGCGUGGGCAUCUUCUCAUCUACCCCACACAUUUGGGGGGCUAAGAGUAUCGUAUAUUGAGCAAAGUCUUGAACCUACCAUGUUGCCUACUGAAACAGCUACCACAAAGGUGAGGUCAUCGCUGGGGUUACGAAGCAUGAGCUUGUCUAAUCGUUACCUGUUGUCGAACUCUGCGCCAUCACUAUCCACGAACAGCCUCGAGCUCAAUGAUUUUAUUGAAGCUCGAGGCAAAUCGAUUCAGAAAGAGCGGUAUACUGGCAGAAUUGGGCUGAGCGUAGCAAGAGACAAUGCUCAAUACUUGACCAUGUCUUCUCACGUGAUUGCAGAGGCUAUAUUGGCGAAGUCAUUGUUCGGCAGAGGUCGUUCGCAUCCUGAGCGUCUACAGGAUGACUGGAAUCUGCAUGCAGAUAUUUGGGCUGGCAACACGAAAAUCGGUAUCAUUGAGAAGACAUACGAUACCGAAGCUGGCAUUUACCCAAAUGGUUUCGCUCAUGAUGUCACGCUUAUUAAGCCCAUCAGUACAGCCUCGAUCCAAAGCGCGAAAUCUCCUGUUGCCGGUCUUGGCUGGCUUACUUCGGACGCGUGGUCAGCUCUUCGACAGCAGACAUCGACAGUGAGAAUACUGUCAUCAACAGAGACACACCGCGAAGCGAAGACACUAAAGUGCAAUCUGUGCUCUGAAGUGCUUGUUGUUGGCGAGGGGAUAUUCUUGAAUCAAACGACGGUAGCUGGACCAAACCCAGCAAAAGAACAUGACAAAUCGACAUGGACCAAGCUGGUUUCACGCGCUGUACUGUAUCGAGUAAACCCAGACUUUGACCCACCAAACGGGUACAGUGGUGUAGCGUUGUAUGCUAAUGGCCUGAGAGAAGAUGGAACUGAAGGUCCAGGGGUUGUAGGAUUCCAGAGCUUUGUACAGAGAAGCGGCCAAGUGCAGAAUUAUGCUAUGGAAGGUUCAGCUUUGGAACAAAGGCUCAGCAAAGGAAGGAUCGCGUUCUAUGGAGCAUUCAUGGUGCCCGAAGAGCUUCGGAAACACUAUACCAUCCUAUAG